AUGACAGAGUGCGCUACCCUUGAACUUGAUGCACUGGACUCCCAACAAGUCAACUACACCGAUCGUACCACUCACUGGAUAAAGACGGGGGAGCACCUGUUCGAUGCUAGCUUUGUUGAGGUCAAAGUGACCGGAAGUACACUUGUCACUGAGGUUCAACACAGCUUGACUGGGCCGCAUGAUGAUUCUGAUUUAGAUUCCGUAGACCUACUUGUUGGCUUUAAAGACGACCCUCUCAUACCAGUUGCUGGAGCCAAAGACGACCCCCUCAUCCCCAGCACUGAACAAAUUCACCAUACUUUCCUACGGUGCCAGAAGAUCUGGCAGAAUUAUGUCGCUAGCGCUAUUUCACUGCCCCCCGGCUGUGUUGCAGCUGUGGCCAUAUAUCCGGAUAUUUUAUUGCAACAGAUACCACCUCUUCCUUGGAAUCUGCCCCGGAAGCGGAGCAUCUCAGGAGAGGCAGUAUGGCACAUUCCGAAACCCGAACUGCCCAGGGCUCCUGGUCUCGAGGAUUGGAACCCAGAUGAAGUUCAUGGUGUCAAAAAGGAGUUCCUCCUGUCGAUAUCUAAAGCAACAGAAUUCCGAACAGUGAACCCAUCUGACCCUCGACUCAACGACACGCGACCGAAUGGUAUUGCAAUACUUGUGCCAUUGUGA